UCACGUCAGUACUGAGUGAGGAAGCUGAGUGAGUGGAGGUGUGUACUGGAAGCUGUGAGCUGCACUGGUGUCCUUUCCUGGGAAGUAGCGUGCACAAAGAUAUAUUGUGUUUACAGGUGGCCACGGUAGCUUUCUGGAGGCUGUGAGCAGGGAUCCUGAGCCCACAGAUCCAGAAUGGCAGUCCUCGCUUCCCCCAACGCUGAGCAGGGGUACAUCAAGACGGUCUUGAGCAAGGACAAUUUCAUGGACCUAGAUAGCUCCAGCCUGGCACUACCAUCGGAAGAGAAGCUGUCAAUUAGCCGUCAAGACCUGGAGAAAGCCAUGAGGAUCCAGCAUCAGGUCCAGCUCACCAUGGCAAGGAAGACUACCAAGAAGAACGUGGCUAACGGAACAAUUUACCAGUCAGUGAAUAUCCCAGACCAGGUGCUUCACAACACAACCCUGCACAGGGACACCAUAAGAUCUCCUUCCAAAUAUGACACUAUGAAGAACUAUACAUUACCUUUACAAGAGAAUAACUGGGGUAGUAGUCAGACACAGUAUGGCCAGAGAAUGCAUGAAAAUGGAUGGGCCAAGAGCUAUUCAUCUUACAGUCAAUGGGGUAACGAUCUGGAGGGUGGCCAGAGAAAACCUAUUGUGAGAAGGGAUAUCUCUCCAGAAAGACAGGAAGCAUUAAUGAGUGCCUAUGAGAAGCGGAAAAAUACCACAGCAGCCAGCCUGCACUAUGCAGGUCCAAGACAAUCCAACAUGUCCACCAUACAAUACUCGCGCUCUGAGUUUGGUCAUGGAACAAGACCUCGGCAAAGCACAGUCAAAAAGUCCACCCUGUCUGACCAAGAUUCAGUGUUCAUAAGCAGUGUUCCCAACAGUCCGGCCGGACCCUACUACCAGAAGAGGAACAGCCAAAGUAUGGAUGACCUCCUAGAAAAGAGGCACUAUCAGACUCAAGCCGUUGGAGCUGGCAGCCAAGUGAGGUCCCAACAGAUAUCCAACAGAUUCGACACACAUCACACCAACACAAAGUAUACCACCCACCGAAAGGAGUACAUCCAGUCACCCUCAGGAGCUAGUGGGAUUGACAUGAGUGGCAAGAGAUCUGCAAUGACAGCCGCAAUGGCGGCAAUGACAACUAGUGGAAAUGUUACACAGCGCGACGCUGUACACCUAGACACACCUGUUGGUGCUGCCCAAAUGACAUCAGAGGUGCAGAUGACGCUGGAGAGAGCUGUAAGUUUGCUGCAGAACAGCACUACCUCUGCACACUGGUUGACAGCAGCAGCUAGUUACAUACAACAUGAAUGUUUCCAGAAAGCAGAGUCCAGGAAGAAGGUAUACAGUUUGAAUGCAAUUCCCAAGCUGAUUCAGCUCUUGAGCAAUAGUGAUGAGGAUGUUCAGCGAGCUGCCUGUGCUGCACUCCGGAACCUGGUGUAUGAAGACAAUGAUAAUAAACUAGAGGUGUACGAGCAACGUGCCAUGCCCACUCUUCUGAACCUGCUUAAGAAUAGCCAGGAUCUGGAAAUAAAGAAGCAAAUUACAGGGCUAAUGUGGAACUUGUCUUCCAAUGACCAGCUGAAAGUCAUGCUAAUCCGAGAUGCUCUGCAGACCUUGACCAACAAUAUCAUUAUCCCUUGUUCUGGCUGGAGAGAUGGAGAGUAUUCCAAAAAUGUGCUCAUGUCUGAUCCUGAUAUAUUGUACAAUGCGACUGGCUGUCUCAGGAACAUGAGCUCUGCCGGGCCUGAGGGCAGGAAGGCUUUGCGGGAAUGUGAUGGACUAAUUGAUUCACUGGUACAUUACAUCAGUAGAAGUGUUGCUGACUAUAAGCCUGAUGACAAGGCUACAGAGAACUGUGUGUGUGUUUUACAUAACCUGUCAUACCAGCUGGAGUCAGAGGUGCCCAGCAGAUACAGCCACAACUUUAACACACAGAACCGGAACCUGACCCGCGACGGUACAGACAUUGGGUGUUUUGGUUCACGUAGCAGGAAGCUCAAGGAGGACUGGACAGAAGUCCCUAUUGCUGAGGAAACCAGUAACCCCAAAGGGAUGGAAUGUUUAUGGAGCUCCAAACUGGUUCGGCUUUACUUAUCACUUAUUGCAAAAAGCUCUCGGAAUUACACCCAAGAGGCAUCACUGGGGUCUCUCCAGAACCUUACAGCUGGAAACGGGCUGGAACUGCUGUCACCGAGAGGAUCACAAAACCACAAAAUAAGUAUUCCAUUCUCUGUGGCUCAGACCAUCGUCCGAAAGGAGAGCGGCCUUCAACACAUCCGAAACAUGUUGUUUGUAAAUGAGCCCGGGGUAAAGAGAACAGCUGUCUCACUCCUGAGGAAUCUGUCCCGUAAUUCCUCCCUACAAAAUGAUAUUGCCAAGGAACUAAUGGCCGACCUGGUGAGAGAGCUACCAGACCGUGUACCGGACUCCAACAUCGCAAAUGAGACUACUGCAUCUAUCUGCUACAUACUAAACAACCUGAUUUGCAAUAGCUCUAACAACGCCAGGAUGCUGUUGCAAAAUGGGGGCAUCAACAAGCUGAUAGACAUCAGCAAUAGUGACAGUGGUAUGAUCACGAAGACUGGAAAAGCAUCUUCCCUUGUGCUCUACAACCUUUGGUACCACCAGGAUCUUCACAGUGCUUACAAGAAGGCUAUGUACAAGAAGACCGAUUUUGUCAAUCCCAGGACUUCAAAGGCUCACCAUUCCCUGUGAGAAGACCCGUUACCCUGAAGAAUUAUGACGCUUAUACAGGAGGCUUCUUUUUGUACCCCUAUUAA